AGCCCUCGUCCCGUUGAGUCGCCCUCCAGCUCGAGUCACAUGACGUCAUACCAGAAUCCACUGUGUCCAGCUGAUCUACAGGGGCAGUUAACGCCCGGAGCGCCGGGUCCUGGUUACUACUACUACUGCUAUUACCAGGCCGGAGAAGAUGGGGUGCUGCUUUAGUAAGGAGCUCAACCCCGGCCUGCAGAAUGAGAGGAGCAGUCUGUUACGGCCCCCGCUCCACGAUGGGCUGAAUGAGGUCACAGACCGGGUCAGGCAGCACGCCGCGGCUGUAGCGCAGCAUGUGUGCUUGGACGAAGAGGAGACAUGUGUGGCAGACGGACCGGCCCUGAGGACGCCUCUGGAAGAUGAGGAAAGACCUCCAGAACUGGACAACAACGUUAGGACAGAGGCGGUCAGCGGGGACGGCACCACGCGGAGUGACGGGGAUCUUAAACCAGCCAGCCCACACGAGGAGACGGAGGCUAUUAUUAUCACAACCAGCACAAACGUACAUACAAACACGGACACAGAGCCAGGCAUGACACAUGCCGCUAGGCCCAGCUGUGAGCCGGCGCCGUAUAUGGAGGUGCCCACACAGAGUCCAGCCAAAGCGAAGAUUCUGGAAAAUGCCACACUCAGGGCGUCAUGGUUCCAUCAGCAACAGGACGGGCAGAAGCACAAGCCGGCAAAAAGUUGGUUAUCCUCUCGCUCUGCUAAGUGCCAGGGCAACGUCCCAGAGAGUGAGGCGUCACAUGACCAGCCGCAGCCGCCACUGGUCAGCGCGUGUCAGGAGACACAGCGGGAUUCCCCCAGAGCCAAGCUGGAGGAGGAGGAGGAGGAGGAGGAGGAGGAGGAGGAGGAGGAGGAGGAAGGUGAGGAGGUCUGUGUCACUACAACAGCACUGUGUCAAGGUUUUGAAACAAGGAGCUUCUACAGCAUAUGUUCCAUCGACGCUGAUGACCUUGAACAUGACCACGACCACAGCCAGUCCCAAACAGCUGGAGCAGCACACUCACUGCACACAGCUGCAGUAGAAACUCUGCCGUGCAUACUGGAGUCUCCGGUCUCCAGCCAGUCACACACACAGGCACCAGCUGCCUGGGACCAGAUCUGUGUCACAGAGUCUACAAUGACCAGCCAGUCACGUGAUGAGGAACCAGCGCCAGUCCAAUCACACUCAGACAGUCCACUCACCUUACCUCAUCCUGUUGCAUCCCCACAGCUGGUAGACGCUCCGUGUGACCCGCUGCCUCCGUCCAGCAAUCAAAUAAACAGCGAGGAACCUCAGGCGUCCACACCAGACGGCUCACAGCCUGAAGAUCUGAACCGCCAGACAGCUACAGAUGAAUCCAGGGAUGACAUGUUGAUGAGGUCACACGCAGAUGAUAGUGCAUGUGUGGAGGAGGAGGAGGAACUUGUGGAGGGAUCAGAGGAGGGGGUGAACUUGGGGGACCACGGAGCAGCAGAGGAGGAAGAGUUGGAUCAGAGCCUUGAUUCUGACUUCAACCCUCUGGACGAUCAUCUGCAGGAGUCUGACCUGUCAACAGAGCAGCACAUGCAAAGUGUACAACCAGCAGCUGAAACUCCCGAACUGGACACUUCCAGUUCUUCACAGCUCGACCUCAACCUGGAACCGCUGCUCAAGGAGGCGGUUGUUUUGCCUCCGUCUGGAGGACAGAUCGAGGUGGAUAAGCAGAGUGAGGCUAUCCCUGUGAGUGUCAGCAGAGGCCACACUGAGGAGGGCGACGUCGGAACAGCAGAUACGACUCUCACCGAGGUGUCCUCCGUUUCCACCAUCUCCGCUGCAACAUCACUGCCCGUCGAACUGACCGCCUUCUCUCGCCACACAAACCUGACACCUCCCUCAGACUUAAAAACCACAUCUCACCAGCGAGACUCCGACAAAUUAGAUGUCAAUUCAAACGAUCCAGUGUUUGAACUGAGCAGCAUUGAGCCUCCUAGUCAGGAUGUUGAAGCUCCACUCACUGAAUCUGAGCACAUUGAUGAUGGGUGUGACGACUGUGACGAACCACUCGACAGCUCUGAUGUGGAAGUCGAAGGUGCCGUGGCGUCAGACGAGUCUUUUCAGGGUAUCUUCAUGAGCGGUGAUGUCAGACAGGCUGUCAACAACAUAAACCUAGAAAUCUGUCAGGACGGCAAACAUGUUGAGAGAGGUGAUGCUACAGAUGUUUCACCUGAAACAGCCUCUCACCUAAGUGACCCGUUAUCAGAGCAUUGUGACGGUGGCCUAGAUUUAUUAACCUCUAGUGUUUGCUCUGACUGUAUGAACCCUGAAGUCGCCAUCGGCCUGCAGCACGACACUGCAGACUGUUUAACUCAACCUGGAGAUUCAUCAGAUGAAAUCCACUCAGAGGAAAUGAAUGAGAUACAGGAGGAGACAUCUGUACCUGACAGUGAUAUUCCUCCAGAAACUCCCAUUAUUCCAGCUACUGAGACACCGCCCCACGGCGCCGAGGUCGAUACCAGCAUCUGUGACGACUCCCAUGUGAUUCCUGAUGACUUCCGCUGUCCAGAUGACAAACCCUCGGGUUUGGAGGACCCCACCGUGACCUCUGUGGACCCAGAAUCAGAUUGAUGCUUACGCCUCUACGCCGUCAUACGAG